CGGUCUUAGAAUUUUGAGAGUGAGAACUACUUUGUGAAGGGAUAUCGUCCACCUUGGGAAACUUGUUUACUCAGGUCGAACUCUGUUAUUCGAUCCAACCGAAGAAGGAAAGUUAUGGAGUGGAGAAAGCUACUGUUCUGGGCAUGUCUCCUCCUCCUUCAAGUUGCCAUGGGCAAAUUUGCCCACGCUUUUCUGCAAGAAGAUGGUUCAUGGGAUCAUUUGGAACCAACACGUAAGUGUCUUAUUCCUCUAUGCUGCUGUAAGAAAACUUGGUGGUGCCCCUUCAAGCACACGUGUUUCUGUUAACAAGGACCUUCAAGAAGACGUCCACAAGUCGACAAUAAGACCCAUAUCAUGACAGUUUCCACAUACAGUACAGAUCUGCCACUGGUAGGUUAACUACAAUAAACUGCGAACGUAGAUAAUGAUCUUGACAGCUGGACAAGAUCACCACCACACCGAGCAGUAUAUACUUGAAGUAACAGUGGAUCUGAUCGAUAUAGGAUUGAUUUGAUGUUCAGAUGCUGUAAGGUUGAAAUGAAGUGAGAUUGUAGCACACUCUCCUGUGCUGGUGUGAGACUUUUUCAACGUCAUUAGAGAUGUGUAGGACCCUCCACGCCUUACAUCAGAGCUUGACAACAUACAAAUUUGAGACUUGUGCAAGUGUCUAAUUUGAUAGGCUUGAUGUGAUUGUUUCUUCUCCGCAAUAUGUAAAAAAGAAGAUAAUCAUCUGC